AUGCAUUUUUUGACCCUUUCCAGUAUCCUGGCUCUUUCUUCAACGGUCCUCGCAGGCCAAUGCUACAACUACAUGGAGGGCGUGCGGAAAGUGCAAUGUGUCCAAAAAAGCGAGCUAUCACAAUUCGGCUCCAACUACUGCGAUGAAAAUUGGAGCAAGCUUGUGGGAGACUGGACCGAGUACAAAGAUCGAAGUGGGAACACGGCGAAUAUUGGCAAGGUGGCCAAUUUUAGCUCCAAAGAAGCCUGCGUUGUUGCCUUUCUGCAAGUGGUGGAAAGAUGUCACGAUGACUGGGGUGGUGGUCUGUGGGUUGAUGAGGGGGCUUUGUUGAAUAUCAAUUUCUGCAAGUGGGAGGCGGAGCCGAAGAGAGUUCGAUAUGAUGCGUUGAAUGCUAGACCUGAGGAAAAGAGAGUCGCAUGGGAUGGAUUGAAAAAAGAGUCUGAAGCUGAAGGGUCCAGACCUACAGCUCCACGAGUUCGAUACCAAGGACCCCGAGAAGCGAAGAGAGUAGCCUGGGACGGACUCCCAGGUGACCAUGAGCACACUGCCAAAAGAGUUGGAUAUCAAGGAUUGAGACUUCGAUCUCAAGAAUUGUGA